AUGUCAGACCGCCGCCGAGACAGGGAAAAGCCUCGAGACCGCGGCCACGACCGGGACCGGGACCGCGAGCUCGACCUCCAUCGCGACCGGGAUCGGGACCGGGACCUCGAAGUCGACCGCCACCGCGACCGGGACCGCGAGGGCGACCGCCAUCGCGACCGGGACCGAGGCCGUGACAAGGACCGGGACCGCGACCGCGAGCGCGACCGGAGCCAUCGCAGCACCCGAAAGCGCUCCCGCACGCGCUCCCCCUCGGCCGACCGCUCCCGCCGUCGCCGGACCCGCUCCCCGGACGCCAGCCGCCACAAACGCCGCCGCGACGCGUCACCCGCCACCGACCAGAAGGAUGAAAAGAAGCCCGACCCUCCGGCCGCUCCCAAGGUCGCCGAGGAGGGGGCCAUGGCGGGCGACGGGGACAUGGACGCGGAGGAGAUCGAGAUGAUGAAGAUGAUGGGGAUCCCCGUCGGGUUCGACUCCACCAAGGGCAAGUACGUUCCUGGCGCCGACGUCAGCGGCGUGCGCGCCGUCACCAAGCGCCAGCCGCGGCAGUACAUGAAUCGCCGGGGUGGGUUCAACCGUCCCCUGCCGCCAGAGGUCAAUCGUUGAGGAGGGAAAACCCCAAGGAGUUGCAUUGUGGCUCAAUCUACAAGAAUGGUGUAGUUGUGGUGGUGAUGACUGGACGUAACUGUGGGGGCUAAAUAUAUGGUGAUGACUGGACGUAACUGCGGGGGCUAAAUAUGCUACUGCUUUUGAUGGGUGGCUCUAUUUCAAAUUCUAACGGACGCAAUUCGGCAUAGAUACUCAUAUCCAGGCAGGUCUUCUUGGGCUCAUGACUUUCCAUGACAAUGAAGUGCUCAUCGCCUCACUGUUGGAACUUGUAGUGAUGUGUUAUUUUCGUGUUAACAUUUAUAGUUGCAUCUUUUUUCUGCAAGUUCUUGUGAAAAUGGAGGUUUAAUUUGUGUGCCAGCUCAUCGUUUCAAAAGCCAUGUCUGUGUGUUUUAUUCAGCUACCUUCCUUUCCUAGUGCGAAUUUAUUCACAGCCCAUUUUUUGUACAAAUAUCCCCUCUUGAAGGUAAAUUGCAAUUCUGAGUCAUCUUAAUUCAGUAGUACAA